AUGGUUCCUCAAUGCAUUUUUUCCCAAAUGCUUUUAAGUUCCCUGAGUGUUUUAAAGCUUGGGUCACUCUUGUGUGGAAAACUGGAAUCAGCUUCUGAUUAUGAGUAUUACCAGAAGAAGUUGAUUUGUGACAUACAUUUUACUCCAGAAGACCGAGUUCGGAAUAACCGGUUAAAGGCAUAUGCAAUUCCAUCACUUUAUUUACAUGAAACACUUGCCACGGUAUCUGAUAUUGGGUCCUGCCAAACUUCAACUUCACAUGCAUCAAAUACAGGACCAUCUGCCAGUUUCAUGUUGGAGCAAGAACCACCUUUAAUUGUAGCCCACAGUGCAUUGAAUCGUACUUUAACUCCUGCAGUUACAGGCACAGUUCGUGGUAUUGCACCUGCUGUAAUAAUGGAGCAUAAUUAUAGCGCAGCUAGCAGUUCUACAAGAAAUACAUUUGCAAAAGGUUCUGUGAGGACAUUGACAUACAAUUAUGUCCAAAUUAAACCUUUAGCGACGAAAAUCAGAUACUUGCAGUCGGAUAUAAGCCGUUUAAAGAAGAGAGGGCAAUCCUUCAAGGCGAGGCUAGCAAAUGCUGCGAAAUUAGCUAAGGAAACAGCAUUCCAGCAAGUUGUCAAAAAUAUGAGGAAACCUGCCCAGUUGUUUGUCCAUAUGCAGAUGCAAUGUUUAAAGAAAUCCAAAGGUAUAUACAGCUGA